UUAUAACAACAAAGGGCUCCGCGGGGGCGCGGAGUCGGCGCGGCCGCGGAAGCCGGGGAGAAAGAAGGGGUAUCAUCAUCAGCGGGGCCCGUCCCGGUUUCACACAAACUGUUUACCAGUCAUGCCUCUGCAUGUCCUCCUCUACCUAAGCUGAUACAGCAUCUAUGCACUUUAAUCUCCUCUAUGCCACUCUACUAGUACAGUGUGAGCUGUGCCUUGAACCUUGGAUAUAAAGACUUACCAGCCAAAGUCUUGUUCCUGCCUUAGUAAUGUUCCAGAGGUUAAAUAACAUGCUCAUGGGAGAGAUUAAUAGCUUGUCCAGCCAAGAGCCAGAGUUCAGUGAGAAAGAAGAUGACGAGUGGAUUCUGGUUGACUUUAUAGCAGACACUUGCACUAAUUGCUCGGCGGAGGAAGCGGACAUGGCUGAGGCAUCGGCUGCGGAUGGCUCGCCCGUCUUCUCCUGUUUGCCCUCUCCCUUGGAACGCUUGCCGGAGGCCAGCGAGUCGUGCUUCAUCCAGUUUGAGUCGUGCCCCAUGGAGGAGAGCUGGUUUAUCACCCCUCCCCCGUGUUUUACUGCAGGUGGAUUAACCACUAUCAAAGUGGAAACCAGCCCCAUGGAGAACCUCCUCAUAGAGCAUCCCAGCAUGUCUGUCUAUGCUGUCCACAACACCUGCCACGGCCUUAACGAGACUGGGUGUGGGGACGAGGAGUUUCACAGCCCAGGUAGUCCCAGACUGGAGGCCCGAAAUGAAACGGGACAGCGUGUUCACUGCUACGUCACAGCUCUUGCUACUCGCUCAACUUUUCUGGAAAAAAACAAGAGCUUUCGUCCUACCCACUGGAUAAAAGAACAUAAUGAAAGACACUAUCUCAACAGAAACGGUCUCCGUCGCCAAAACCUCACCAGGGAUUGCCACUCGCGGCAAAUCAAGCACAACGGACUGUUUGUUCACCAGCCUUGUCAGCGUCAGUUCAAUUACUGAUGGCUCUUGUGGUUUUUAAUCUAUGGUCUAAUUUGUUUUAGGUUGCUCUUGUUUUCAUGCAUAGGUAAGUGUGGUCGAUCUGAAGCUGAUCCUCAGUCCCUCAAACCCAAUCGUAACUAGCGUUGCGUUCUUUUGAAAUGACACCUAAAUCUCUAAACAUCAAUCACCCAGCAAGUCCUAAAUGUUGAUGUUAAAUUUCAGUGUCUUGGAAGCCUAUCAGUACAAUAGUUUGUGUGCUGUUUUAUAAAACUAUCACGUAUAGAUGGGUUCUUAGCUGGUUUUCUUUUUAAAAAGAAACUUAACUGAUACGGAAAUCAGUGACACUUUGCAUUAAUCAAAGUGGAGUUAGAAAAUUUUAAGGUUAGCCAUAUGCUGUAAAGACCACUACUUGACAGCUUGUGUAUCUGUCUGUACUCAGCCUUUAUGAUUACUUUCUAAUGAGGAAAUACUCUAGCUGCCAACAGGUAUUACAUAGCUAUGCUCAACUGUUACAAGAAGGACAUCUAAUCUAAAUUGCCUGGUACCCACUUGUGUUAGUGGAGCCUGUAGGUGUGUUGGGUACUAAUUAUGGGUAUUGGAUAAGGGUUAAAUGUCCCCCCUCAAUAUUGUUGCAGUGUGAUAUGGCACUGGUGUUACAGAUGUAGUACCUCACAGUGGAGUGGAAGAAAAAGUGGACCUGUGGGUUAAGUGCAGAGGCACGGCCCAGAGAGCCAAACUGGGUUUUACUGGGUACAGUUCGAGUUCUUACUCCCUUUCUCUAACUCUUUCCCUUUGUGUCUUCGAAAGAAUGUCCCCUACCCUAUUUCACUUGAUCUCUAGUCUAGUUAAAGGAAAAUGAUGGUGGAUCCACCAUUCUUUUAAUCUCAUCGUUGGCUGACUGCUCUUUAAAGUCAGGCUGAUGAAUAGCUAUUUCUGAGCUGCUGAUUGCUGUUAGAUUGUCUCCUAUUUACAGAUUGAGAGUAGCUCAAAAGUGGCUAGAAGGAAGGUUUUAUCAGAAGUUCUAAUUUUCUCUCUACGAAAAUGAAGUCUGAGUUAAUUGUGACUGGAAAUGAAGGGCAGUGUGUGGCAGGGAGAAGAGCAUGCUGAAAAACACUUUUGCAGAACUAAACACAGUGGUAACAGGGUGUGUAAAAAUGGAGAUUGGCAGUGGUGGUUCUCCUAGCCCAUCGGGGGCAGAAGGACUGGGUAGCAAUUCUGUGGGCCAAACAGGAAAGAAAAGCCAUUCAAAACUAACAAGCAGUUUUCUUAAGAACACCGAGUGAGAUGUUUUGGAAGUUGGCAGGCACUUAAAAAAAAAAAGUAAAGCUCACAUCUUAACAAAGAGUGUGUAGUACACAGCAGCCACGUGGCACGCUGAACCCUGACAGCUCAAUCUGGGGAGUAGGUUAAAUGGCUAUGGAGGUGAGGAAACAAAUCUGUCCUGAAAGAAGGGGGGGAAACAGAAGUAAACUUAUUCCCCCUUUCUGUCAGUGCUUCAUGUGACUUACUGUUUUUUUCCCUUGUGUUUAGUGCCUAGGGCAUUAAAGUGUUAACAUUACCUUCAACCAUGUCUUCCAGUAGUCCUUAUAUAGUCCUUAACAGAAGUUAGUGUAAGGAGCCAUGUGAGGCGUCUUUGAAAUCACACAAGAUCAAUAAUGUGAAUUAUUCCAGGCUUAUGAAGUGCUUUAAAUCCAGCUAAAUGCUUCAGUUUCACUGAAGUGAAAACCCAACAGUUUGGAUUAACCUUGAUGUAGUGGGACUGUUGCACGUCCUGCAGGUAGAACUGUUGUGGCACAUACUUAGUGUGCAGGAAACACCACUCAUAACCUGUGUCUUGCUGUAGAUGUGCUGCUUCACUGGGAUUAGUUGGGAUUGUUGCAAAGGGAUGUUGACAAAUAGUUAAAUGUAUAAAAGCAAAGAGGUGCUUUCCUGGAUAGACUAGUCUUAAAAAAAAAAAAAAGACUCGUUGAUUUCAUACCAACAGUGAAAGAAAACAAAAAUAGUCGCAUCAGGAGUUUCCAAAACAGAUUUUGUUACUACUCUUUUCAGCAGUGUGUGCCCAUGUCCAUAAGACAAUUCUUUUGUGGUCCAAAUACUCUGGUUUAUCUGCAAAUAGCUGUAGUUUCACCAGUCUCUCAGCUGUUCCUGAAAACUCUUACUUGCCUCAGACUAUCUACUUUUAUCACUCCAACUUUUUGCCUGGCUUGAACUUCCUUCUCCUCACUGCCAACUUUCUAGCUCAGGAAAAUUCUUUGCUUUCCUAUAUUUUUUUUCUUUUAUAUAAAAGUAACUACUCUCCUUCAGCUUUAAUUUUCUUAAAGUGAAAUGAAGGAAGAUGGAGUCUCCACCUCCCCAUGUUGGAAGGAAUAAGUGAUCCUUUAACUCUUAACAGGGGAUUUGGAGUUGAGAGUAUAAGGCUCCCAGGCAUUACAGUGGGAGCCUUGGUCCGUUCUUCUCAGUAGGCAAGUAAAUGCAACUUUAGACUGCUCCUAGAAUUGGGAGAUACUGAUCUUUUUAUACUACAUUACUAGAUGACUUUCUGGUGAUGAAAACCUAUAUCUUUCAGGAUAUAAACUGUUUUGUUGCACAAAGCUGUGCUUCUCGAUUUGUAAUAUUGGAAACCAUAUUAUUGUGUGAGAUAGUACUGCAUCAAUGGCUUUUUGUUAAUUUGUUUUACGUAUUUAUGUUGGUCUAGCCCUGUUUUGUGCCUGGAGCUAUUGGGCAAUUAGAUUUGUUUUGGUUUUCUGUUUUAAUAGUGAGCUGUGUGGCUUUUUAUAUGGUUUUUGAAUUGUAUUAAAGUGUGUGUUUUUACUUGUAAAAGUGGAGGCCUUGCACUGUCUCAUACUGAUUGACAUUCAUGAAUCUUGCUGAAACUGUAUUUUCAUAUGCAUUGGUCAAUAGACAAAUUUGCAUUUUAAACUGUGCCUUCUACACAGCAAACUUGAAGAUUCAAAAGGGACAUUUCAGUUAGAAUUAAUACUGUACAUCAGUCUAUGCAUAUAUGGCAGCUUCUCUCCAGAGCCACUUCUCUAUUUGUAGCAGUCCUUUUGAUACGGAAGAAUGUCUGGCUCUUAUUUUUUAAUAGUUUUAACACAAGCUGAAAACCGACGAAAUACAGCACUUUGCCAAAAAAGUAGCAUUGCUUAACCAGUGUGUAUUUACUAAAGCAAUCUUCUGUAUUUUGUUUUCAUAGUGCGCUCUGUGCACCAUGGGGAGACGUGAUCUUAACUCUCAAUAAAAAAAAUGGCCUAUUAAAAA